AUAUACGGUAUAACUUAUCGAUAACUUUGGGGUCACACUGGUCGUACAUGACUCUGCGAUUUGACAAAAACAAAAUUGAGUUUUGUCAAGAAAAUCAACUUUUUCUCUGCGUUUAACAAAGCAAAGCCAACAAAUCCGACCAAAAUGCCUGCCGAAAACCUGGAGGAGCAGGGUCUGGAGAAGAACCCGAACCUGGAGCUGGCCCAGACGAAGUUCCUGCUCACCCUGGCGGAAUACAAGCAGGAUGCGGCAUUGAAGGCGAAGCUUCUGGAGGCGAUUCGCACGGAGAACAUGGCCCCGUGGUACGAGCACAUCUGUUCGGAACUCGGCUGGACCGUGGAUAAGGAUCUGCUGGCGCGCAUGAAGGAAAACAACCGCGUAGAGGUUGAGCAACUGGAUGCGGCAAUCGAGGAUGCGGAGAAGAAUCUGGGCGAGAUGGAAGUGCGCGAGGCGAACCUUAAGAAGUCAGAGUACUUGUGCCGCAUCGGCGACAAGGCUGCAGCAGAGACCGCCUUCCGCAAGACCUACGAAAAGACCGUUUCCCUGGGCCACCGCCUGGACAUCGUGUUCCAUCUGAUCCGCUUGGGACUGUUUUACCUCGACCACGAUCUCAUUACUCGCAACAUCGACAAGGCCAAGUAUCUGAUCGAGGAAGGCGGCGACUGGGACCGACGCAACCGGCUGAAGGUCUACCAGGGUGUUUACUCGGUGGCGGUGCGUGACUUCAAGGCGGCGGCCACGUUCUUCCUGGACACCGUAAGCACCUUCACCUCAUACGAACUGAUGGACUACCCCACCUUUGUGCGUUACACCGUUUACGUGGCCAUGAUCGCCCUGCCCCGCAAUGAGCUGCGCGACAAGGUGAUCAAGGGCUCAGAAAUCCAGGAGGUGCUCCACGGCCUGCCCGACGUGAAACAGUUCCUGUUUUCCUUGUACAACUGCCAAUAUGAGAACUUCUACGUACACCUGGCCGGCGUAGAGAAGCAACUGCGCUUGGACUACCUCAUUCAUCCCCACUACCGCUACUACGUGCGCGAGAUGCGCAUUCUGGGCUACACCCAGUUGCUGGAGUCGUAUCGCUCCCUCACCCUGCAGUAUAUGGCCGAGUCGUUCGGCGUAACCGUGGAAUACAUUGACCAGGAGCUGGCCCGCUUCAUCGCCGCCGGACGGCUGCACGCCAAGGUGGAUCGCGUCGGUGGCAUUGUGGAGACCAAUCGGCCUGACAACAAGAACUGGCAGUACCAGGCGACCAUCAAGCAGGGCGAUCUGCUGCUCAACCGCAUUCAGAAGUUGAGCCGCGUGAUAAACAUCUAAUGUAGUUCAUAUAAAAAGAUUUAUUCAAAUUCAACAUUUAUUACAGUGUAAAGCUAACGCAACGUACAAUAAUAAAAACGAUAUAAAACUCA